AUGAUGGAGUUGAUGAUGAAACCAAUGCAAGAAAAUAUGGAAAUGAUUAAGAAGGUGGUUGAGCUAAUGAACGAAAGGCUGAAAAUUGUGGAAAAUCAAUUGAAACCGGUGGAUUAUAAUGAUGAUUACGAGCCUGGUAAUCAAUUUGAAACUGGUGGAUCAUCAUUCCGAGGUAAUGAGGAUGCUGACUUCAGUGCUGCUGACUCGUUGACUGCAUUGAGGAAGAAGGCUGAGGAGGAAGCAGCCAAAGAGAAGGAGGAUGCUCUGGAGAAGAAGAAGGCCGAGGACAAGAAGAAGGCCGAGGAGAAGAAGAAGGCCGCGGAGAAGAAGAAGGCCGCGGAGAAGGAGGCUGCAAAGAAGAAGGCUGAGGAGGAGGCAGUCAAAGAGAAGGAGGCUGCGGAGAAGAAGGCUGAGGAGGAGGCAGUCAAAGAGAAGGAGGGUGCGGAGAAGAAGGCAGCUGAGGAGAAGAAGGAGGCUGAAGCGAAGAAGGCUCAGUGGGAGGCUGCAAAGAAGAAGCAAAUUGAGGAGGAUUCGGACGAGGAUCCCGAUGCGGAGAAGAAGGCAGCCGAGGAGGAGGCUGAGAAGACGAAGAUAAGAAGGCUGGAUGAGGAGGAGGAUUCGGACGAGGAUCCCGAUGCGACUCUACCUCCGAGUCAACCGAUAUUUACUCAAGAGGCAUUGCAGCCGAGUCAACCGAUNCCGGNAACUCNGGNAAUCACGCCUAAUAUGAAGAAGAAAUUGAAGAGAUGGAUUGAGAGGGCUAAAACUCCUAGGCCAAAGAGGGAAAGCAAGCCUUCAGCUGCGAUGAAGACCCCUUAUGUUCCUAAGUGA